AUGUCAUUACUUCCAUGGUACCGUUAUCCUUUUUGGGAUGAUCCAUUAGAUCCAUUCUUUUUGUAUCCCAUUGAUUUCUUUGAUCCAUGGUUUGAUAUUGGUUUGUUUCCACCGUUUCCUCCGGCGACGAGAUCAUUUCGAUGGAUCAAAGAACAUGAACGAAUACGAUAUAGAUCAACAAAUGUAUCAAGUAAUACUACAAGUCUUCCACCACCAAGACGAAUUCCUCCGCCAGAAAAGUUUCGUGUUCAACUUGAUGUGAGCGGAUUCAAACCUGAAUCAGUCAGAACAAGACUUGAAGGUUCCAAAAUAAUUGUCGAAGCCAAAGAAGAGGAUCGAGAGGCACGUGGUGAUUUUCAACUUCGAGAAUUUCGAAAAUCAUACGAACUUCCAGGAUAUGCUAAUGCCAAUGAUUUGGUUUCACAUGUAGCGCCAAACAACAUGUUGUUUAUCGAAGUACCAAUAACAAAGCCUGAAACAGAACGCCGACUUGAACAAGUCAAAACUGACAGUCGAAGUCUGGUUCGAUUUAGUGAUCAGAACGUUUCAGCUUUAGAUGAUGCUGGAUUUUUGGGUAGCUCCGAUUUUCAACGUCGUAUUGUUGAUAAAGGAAAUAAUCAAAAACAAUUGGAAUUAACCGUUAGCAUGAAAGAUUAUAAACCAGAAGAAAUCAAAUUAUCAGUAAAAUUUAAUAUAUUGAGUGUUCGAGGUGAACAUCGAUAUAACGAUGGAACUCGCUUUGAACGAUCAUAUUUCUUUAAAACAACAACAUUACCACGUGGUGCACAAGUUGACCUUAUUCAAUCUACUUUCACAGAUGAUGGCCAAUUGAAAAUUGAUGUUCCACUUAUUGAUUGA